AUGAGUGACUCAUACUCGCGGUAUCAAAAAAAGCCUAAAGGGAUUCAUAAACCAUCUUCCUCUUCCAAUACUAACUCACGAUCUUCUGAUCGACGACUUGCUGCUGGCCGAGCUGCCGCUAGUUUUCUUCACGCUAAUAGUGAUACAGGGUUGUCACAGAAACUAUCUGUGGUAUCGCCCCAGUUUUCCUAUGUACAAUCUCAAAGAAAUGCUCCUGCAGAAAAGGCCAAAUACGAUCCAAAAUUGACGGUUGAGAGGAAGGUUGGUGAUCAUAAAUGGCAAGACAAAUCACUCUUGGAGUGGGAUCCCAAACAUUUCAGACUCUUUGUGGGGAACUUGGGUCCAGAUGCAAAUGAUGAAUUGUUAUACCGAUCCUUCGGAAAAUAUGAAAGCUUGUCAAAAUGUAAAGUUCCAAUGGAUAACAAGUCAGGCCAAAAUAAAGGGUACGGGUUUGUGGCAUUUGUUAGUGCUGAUGACUACUUUAAAGCGUUUAAGGAAAUGGAUGGUAAAUACGUUGGCCAGCAUCCCGUGAAGUUAAAAAGAGCACAGACAGAAAUUAAAGUAGUAAAGAAGAAUAAUAUUGGUAGAGGGAAGAAGAAAGGAAUGUGA